UCAGACCGAUCCGGACCUUCAAAGAGACUGCACAAACACACACACUUCCACGAACUCCGGUUGAUUCCGGUGCCGACACUUCCGGCCAUCGCCACUCAGCCAAGGAAAAAGUAUAGUUACACUAAAACUCGUCCACGUGGAAAAUGAGUCCGCCCCGAGGGAUGAAGGUUGUGGCAGUCAUCACACUUGUGUUGAUUCUGGCAGCGCUUCCUGCAGUGCCAGCGAAAAAGGCACCGUCCGGCCAUAAUCUAGAGCGAAGUUUGGACGAUGAGUUGAUUGCGUCAUACGAGUGCCCGGGCAGGAGCCGUGACUGGACAGUUCGGUGCCUGGUGCCGACGACCAACUACCAGCUGACGGUGGACCUCUGCGGGACGAAACAGAAAACGGACAAAAAGCUCAUCGAAAGGUGCAUCCGCGAGCUGUACAUCCUGAGCAAGUCAUGCCCACAACCGUCGAUGGUGGAAGCCGCCAAGGAAAUGCUUUACCACAAAGGACCACCUCCUCCACCGCCCCAACCGGCAGGUCCCACUUCCCGGUUCCGAUCGGCCGGCCGAAAUCGACCCUCCUCACCGGUUGAUGCCAUCUCUGGACUUCCGGUGGUGGGAGCUUCCACCAAAAAGCUUAAAGGUGGAAAGAAGAAGAGGAAGGAUCCGUUCGAUUUGUAAUCUGUGCGAUUUUGACUAAAAAUUCAACCCAUAAUAAAAUCUUGUC